AUGGGCGGGGAUGGUUGCAUGGGCGGGGAUGGUUGCAUGGGCGGGGAUGAGUGCAUGGGCGGGGAUGGUUGCAUGGGCGGGGAUGGUUGCAUGGGCGGGGAUGGUUGCAUGGGCGGGGAUGAGUGCAUGGGCGGGGAUGAGUGCAUGGGCGGGAUGUGUUGCAUGGGCGGGGAUGAGUGCAUGGGCGGGGAUGGUUGCAUGGGCGGGGAUGAGUGCAUGGGCGGGGAUGUGUGCAUGGGCGGGGAUGAGUGCAUGGGCGGGGAUGAGUGCAUGGGCGGGGAUGAGUGCAUGGGCGGGAUGAGUGCAUGGGCGGGGAUGAGUGCAUGGGCGGGGAUGAGUGCAUGGGCGGGGAUGGUUGCAUGGGCGGGGAUGGUUGCAUGGGCGGGGAUGAGUGCAUGGGCGGGGAUGAGUGCAUGGGCGGGGAUGGUUGCAUGGGCGGGGAUGAGUGCAUGGGCGGGGAUGAGUGCAUGGGCGGGGAUGAGUGCAUGGGCGGGGAUGAGUGCAUGGGCGGGGAUGAGUGCAUGGGCGGGGAUGAGUGCAUGGGCGGGGAUGAGUGCAUGGGCGGGGAUGGUUGCAUGGGCGGGGAUGAUGCAUGGGCGGGAUGAGUGCAUGGGCGGGGAUGGUUGCAUGGGCGGGGAUGAGUGCAUGGGCGGGGAUGAGUGCAUGGGCGGGGAUGGUUGCAUGGGCGGGGAUGAGUGCAUGGGCGGGGAUGGUUGCAUGGGCGGGGAUGGUUGCAUGGGCGGGGAUGAGUGCAUGGGCGGGGAUGAGUGCAUGGGCGGGGAUGGUUGCAUGGGCGGGGAUGGUUGCAUGGGCGGGGAUGGUUGCAUGGGCGGGGAUGGUUGCAUGGGCGGGGAUGAGUGCAUGGGCGGGGAUGGUUGCAUGGGCGGGGAUGGUGCAUGGGGCGGGGAUGAGUGCAUGGGCGGGGAUGUGUGCAUGGGCGGGGAUGAGUGCAUGGGCGGGGAUGAGUGCAUGGGCGGGGAUGAGUGCAUGGGCGGGGAUGAGUGCAUGGGCGGGGAUGAGUGCAUGGGCGGGGAUGAGUGCAUGGGCGGGGAUGAGUGCAUGGGCGGGGAUGGUUGCAUGGGCGGGGAUGAGUGCAUGGGCGGGGAUGAGUGCAUGGGCGGGGAUGAGUGCAUGGGCGGGGAUGAGUGCAUGGGCGGGGAUGGUUGCAUGGGCGGGGAUGAGUGCAUGGGCGGGGAUGGUUGCAUGGGCGGGGAUGAGUGCAUGGGCGGGGAUGGUUGCAUGGGCGGGGAUGGUUGCAUGGGCGGGGAUGAGUGCAUGGGCGGGGAUGGUUGCAUGGGCGGGGAUGAGUGCAUGGGCGGGGAUGAGUGCAUGGGCGGGGAUGAGUGCAUGGGCGGGGAUGAGUGCAUGGGCGGGGAUGAGUGCAUGGGGAUGAGUGCAUGGGCGGGGAUGGUUGCUGGGCGGGAUGAGUGCAUGGGCGGGGAUGGUUGCAUGGGCGGGGAUGGUUGCAUGGGCGGGGAUGAGUGCAUGGGCGGGGAUGAGUGCAUGGGCGGGGAUGAGUGCAUGGGCGGGGAUGAUGCAUGGGCGGGGAUGAGUGCAUGGGCGGGGAUGAGUGCAUGGGCGGGGAUGGUUGCAUGGGCGGGGAUGAGUGCAUGGGCGGGGAUGAGUGCAUGGGCGGGGAUGGUUGCAUGGGCGGGGAUGAGUGCAUGGGCGGGGAUGGUUGCAUGGGCGGGGAUGGUUGCAUGGGCGGGGAUGGUUGCAUGGGCGGGGAUGAGUGCAUGGGGGGAUGAGUGCAUGGGCAUGGGCGGGAUGGUUGCAUGGGCGGGGAUGGUUGCAUGGGCGGGGAUGGUUGCAUGGGCGGGUGGGGGGAUGAGUGCAUGGGCGGGGAUGGUUGCAUGGGCGUGGGAUGGUUGCAUGGGCGGGGAUGAGUGCAUGGGCGGGGAUGGUUGCAUGGGCGGGGAUGGUUGCAUGGGCGGGGAUGGUUGCAUGGGCGGGGAUGAGUGCAUGGGCGGGGAUGGUUGCAUGGGCGGGGAUGAGUGCAUGGGCGGGGAUGAGUGCAUGGGCGGGGAUGAGUGCAUGGGCGGGGAUGAGUGCAUGGGCGGGGAUGAGUGCAUGGGCGGGGAUGGUUGCAUGGGCGGGGAUGGUUGCAUGGGCGGGGAUGGUUGCAUGGGCGGGGAUGAGUGCAUGGGCGGGGAUGGUUGCAUGGGCGGGGAUGGUUGCAUGGGCGGGGAUGAGUGCAUGGCGGGAUGGUUGCAUGGGCGGGAUGGUUGCAUGGGCGGGGAUGGUUGCAUGGGCGGGAUGAGUGCAUGGGCGGGGAUGGUUGCAUGGGCGGGGAUGGUUGCAUGGGCGGGGAUGAGUUGCAUGGGCGGGGAUGGUUGCAUGGGCGGGGAUGGUUGCAUGGGCGGGGAUGGUUGCAUGGGCGGGGAUGAGUGCAUGGGCGGGGAUGAGUGCAUGGGCGGGGAUGAGUGCAUGGGCGGGGAUGGUGCAUGGGCGGGGAUGGUUGCAUGGGCGGGGAUGGUUGCAUGGGCGGGGAUGAGUUGCAUGGGCGGGGAUGAGUGCAUGGGCGGGGAUGAGUGCAUGGGCGGGGAUGAGUUGCAUGGGCGGGGAUGA